AUGGCGGAGCGGAGAAUUUCCUAUGCUGUUGACGUCGAAAAUGGUGAGCGUCACACCCGUGAGGCUGGUGAUGAGGGCAAUCUCGACGAGUACUCUGCUCUCAACCGCUACAUCUCGACUGCUCAGGCCAACCGUCGUGCCUCUACUUCCAGCGCUGGUGCUCUGAGCACUGGCUCUGAGAAGAAGAAGCCCUGGUGGAAGUUCGGUGGUGCUGCUGCUGGUGGUGUCGAGGAUGGUUUCGUUACUCCCGAUGAGUGGCUCGAGACCGACCUUCGCAGUGGUCUUAGCUCUGCCGACAUUGAGCCUCGUCGCAAGAAGACCGGCUGGAACGAGCUGGUUACCGAGAAGCACAACAUCUUCCUUCAGUUCAUUGGUUACUUCCGUGGUCCUAUUCUCUAUGUUAUGGAACUUGCUGUCCUCCUCGCUGCCGGUCUGCGCUCGUGGAUCGAUCUCGGUGUUAUCUGUGGUAUUCUUUUGCUUAACGCUCUCGUCGGUUGGUACCAGGAGAAGCAGGCUGCCGAUGUCGUUGCUUCUCUCAAGGGUGAUAUCGCUAUGCGUGCUAUCGUUGUCCGUAACGGCCAGGAGGAGGAGAUUCUCGCCCGUGAGCUCGUUGCUGGUGAUAUUGUUAUCGUCGAGGAGGGUACCGUUAUCCCUGCCGAUGUCCGCCUGAUCUGUGACUACUCUAAGCCCGAGAUGUUCGACAACUACAAGGAGUACCUCGCCAACGCCACUUCCGACGACCUCAAGGAGAAGCACGGUGAUGAUGAUGAGGAUGAGGGUGAGACCCACCAGGGUGUCUCUCUCAUUGCUUGUGAUCAGUCCGCUAUCACUGGUGAAUCUCUCGCUGUCGACAAGUACAUGGCUGAUGUCUGUUACUACACCACUGGUUGCAAGCGUGGCAAGGCCUACGGUAUUGUCACCGCUACUGCCCGUCACUCUUUCGUCGGUAAGACUGCCGCCCUUGUCCAGGGUGCCCAGGACUCCGGUCACUUCAAGGCUGUCAUGGACAACAUCGGUACCUCCCUGCUCGUUCUCGUCAUGUUCUGGAUUCUCGCCGCCUGGAUUGGUGGUUUCUUCCGUCACUUGAAGAUCGCUACCCCCGAGGACACCGACAACAACCUGCUCCACUACACCCUGAUUCUUCUGAUUAUCGGUGUUCCCGUCGGUCUCCCCGUUGUCACUACCACCACCCUCGCUGUCGGUGCCGCCUAUCUCGCCGAGCAGAAGGCUAUCGUCCAGAAGCUCACUGCCAUCGAGUCCCUCGCUGGUGUCGACAUUCUCUGCUCUGACAAGACUGGUACUCUCACUGCCAACCAGCUCUCCAUCCGUGAGCCCUACGUCUCUGAGGGUGUUGAUGUCAACUGGAUGAUGGCCGUCGCUGCUAUUGCCUCUUCCCACAACAUCAAGAACCUGGACCCCAUCGAUAAGGUCACCGUCCUGACCCUCCGUCGUUACCCCAAGGCUCGUGAGAUCCUCUCCCGCAACUGGAUCACCGAGAAGUACACUCCUUUCGAUCCCGUCUCCAAGCGUAUCACCACUGUCUGUACCUGCGACGGUGUCCGUUACAUUUGUGCCAAGGGUGCCCCCAAGGCUAUCCUCAACAUGUCCGACUGCUCCCAGGAGGAGGCUGUCCUCUACCGUGAGAAGGUCACUGAGUUCGCUCGCCGUGGUUUCCGUUCCCUUGGUGUCGCCGUCCAGAAGGAGGGUGAGCCCUGGCAGCUUCUGGGCAUGUACCCCAUGUUCGAUCCCCCCCGUGAGGAUACCGCCCACACCAUCGCUGAGGCCCAGGUUCUCGGUCUCUCCGUCAAGAUGCUUACUGGUGAUGCUAUCUCCAUCGCUAAGGAGACUUGUAAGAUGCUUGCCCUCGGUACCAAGGUUUACAACUCUGAGCGUCUGAUCCACGGUGGUCUCGCUGGUUCCGCCCAGCACGACCUUGUCGAGAAGGCUGAUGGUUUCGCUGAGGUGUUCCCCGAGCACAAGUACCAGGUCGUCGAGAUGCUCCAACAGCGUGGUCACUUGACUGCCAUGACUGGUGACGGUGUUAACGAUGCUCCUUCUCUCAAGAAGGCCGAUUGUGGUAUCGCUGUCGAGGGUUCCACUGAGGCUGCCCAGGCUGCCGCCGAUAUUGUCUUCCUCGCCCCCGGUCUCUCUACCAUUGUCGAUGCUAUUAAGCUUGCCCGCCAGAUUUUCCAGCGUAUGAAGGCUUACAUCCAGUACCGUAUUGCCCUGUGUCUCCACCUCGAGAUCUACCUGGUUACCUCCAUGAUCAUCAUCAACGAGACUGUCGACUCUUCCCUGAUUGUCUUCAUCGCCUUGUUCGCUGAUCUCGCCACCAUCGCCGUUGCUUACGAUAACGCUCACUUCGAAGCCCGCCCCGUCGAGUGGCAGCUGCCUAAGAUCUGGGUUAUCUCCGUCGUUCUUGGAAUCCUUCUCGCUGUCGCUACCUGGAUUAUCCGUGCCACUCUUUUCCUCGAGAACGGUGGUAUCAUCCAGAACUUCGGUUCUCCCCAGGAGAUUCUCUUCCUCGAGAUUGCUCUGACUGAGAACUGGCUCAUCUUCGUUACCCGCGGUGGAAAGACCUGGCCCUCGUGGCAGUUGGUUAUUGCCAUCUUCAUCGUCGAUGUCCUCGCCACCCUGUUCUGUGUCUUCGGCUGGCUCGCACCCGAAUGGGAGCAGACCUCUCCCCGUACCCCCGGUGGUCCUGGCUUCUCCAAGAACGAAGAUGUCGACAUUGUCACUGUCGUUGUCAUCUGGGCCUACUCCAUCGGUGUGACUGUCAUCAUCGCCGUUGUGUACUACCUCCUGACCAUCGUUCCCGGUCUCGACAACCUUGGCCGCAAGACCCGCUCCAAGGCUGACACCAAGAUCGAGAACAUGAUCGCUCACCUUUCCAAGCUUGCUAUCGAGCUGGAGCACGACUCGGAAGGAAAGACUCGUUACACCCUCGGUGCCCGCGCCGAGGAGAUCGAGGACAACGAGUAA